UUUGUAUCUUUACAGAUCAAGGAUGUGACUCGCAAUAUCAAAAAAGCCGUCGUCGCUGCCACACUCGAGGAAUUACGCUCAAAGGUAGCUGAAAAAUUCGAUCAUAUCGAGGAUCAGCCACCAACCAUACAUUUGGACUCGGAUGGCACGGAAAUCGAUGAUGAGGAGUAUUUCCGUACUUUAGAUGAGAAUACGGAAUUGAUAGCGGUAUUUCCCGGCGAGCAUUGGAUUGAUCCCACUAACUACGUCACCAUAACCAGUCAUCAUCGUGGCAGUAAUAGCGGCAUUGUUGGCAGCGGAGUCGGCAGCGGUGGAGUGGGUGUCGGUGUUGGCGACCAGCCUACUGAUACCACCGAUGCGGCGGCUGAGACGGCGCGCAUCAAACAAUUGGUCGGACAACUGCAAAACAAUCUAUGCAAUGUGUCGGUAUUGAGCGAUCCGGAUUUGGAUUCUUUAUCGAAUAUGGAUCCGAAUUCAUUGGUGGAUAUAACGGGCAAGGUUUUUUUGGAGCAAUUGAAGGAUUCAGGCAGACCAUUGUGUGCAAAGCGAAACGCUGAGGACCGAAUUAACCUGUUAAAGCUGUUACGUGAAGGCGCCAUAUUUUGUUCCGAACGUUAUCCGGAAGAUGCGGAGGCCAUUGAUAUGGAGAUUAGUCGUCAAUUGAAUAUGGAUGUAGCGCAAACAACAACAACAGUGACGACUAAUACAAAUACAACAACAACAAUUACAGCGAAUACAACAACAGUGAAUAUCGGUGUGUUAACACCACAGCAGCAACAACAGCAAUUACAACAACUACAACUACAACAACAACUACAACAACAACAGCAGCAACAACUACAACAGACUAAUAAAACAAACAAGACAAUCGAACAAGUGCAAAAUGUAGCGGCAGCGGCAGUGGUGGCGGCCGCUCAACGUAGAGCGGCAAUGGAGGCGCAAAUGACAUCGGUGGAUGUGGUGACCAUUGUGGAGACACAUGUCGCAGCGGCAGUAACAGCAACGGCAACAACACAAAAUACGCAAAAUAAUAAUCAACAAAAGUUGACAACAGCAGCCAGCAGUAACAACAAUAACAAAACAAACGAUAUUUGACUACCGAUUUUUAGUAGCAUAACUUGAAAUAUGGAAAACGUUUACAAAGAGAAGGGUUAAAAGUGCGUAGAAGAGAGAGAGAGAGAGAGAGAGGGAGAGAGAGUUGAAAGUCGAGCGAUUGGGAGCAGUUAAUAAUGGUGUUUUUCGUAUUGAUAACGGUAAAUCAAUAUAAUACGUGUAUGUAUGUUUGUGAAAUUGAUAGUUAACGUACGAUUUUUGUGUAUAUGUCGCUCUACACUCUACAACAACAGAAACAAAUCAAGAAUAUAAAAGGAAUUAUAUUAAGACUUUGUGUGAUCGCGUAAAUAUCAGCAAAUUGCUGAUUUAAUGGCGAAAAGAUUAGUAAGCGUAUAUACGUACAUACAUAUUGAUGAUAAAGUAGUUAAAAAAAAAUGAAACAGAUUUUAAGAAUUUAUGCGAAAAAUUCGUAACAACCUUUGAACAUUUAAUUUUUGGACUAGAGGUAAGGUGAAAAUGUUAAUAAUAAGGAAAACUUGGUGGCAAAUUAAGUUGGAAAUUAGUUAAUAACUCACUCUUCUAUUAAAAUUUACGAAAAUAAAUUGAAUAUUAUUUAAAUGAAUCAUGCUUGAGUUUUUACUCUCAAUACCAUUUUUUGUCAGAGAUUUUUUUUUGUCUUGUCAUAAUUGAUGGUCACUUGAAUUUUAUUGUCUGUUUGAUUUUAAAUAUUGAUUCAGUUUCUUUUGUUAUAAAUGUAAUGUUAAAAUCAUACAACGUUUAUAAUGAAAAUUAAUAACAGUAUUUAUUUUUUUUAGUUAGCUUUAAAUAUGAGUUUUUUUUUUAAUCUUAAUAAUAAUAAUACAUUUUUUAUUAUAAUUCUUUUGUUAAUUUCAUCACAUUAAAAUCCCUUAGCCACAAACUUUCAUGUUCAUCAAUUUAGUUGUGCAAUAAAUAAUAAUUAUUUUUUAAAUAAAAUAUACAUAUUCAUGCACUUAAUGAGCAUUUUGUAACUUGAACUUAUUCAUAAAGAGCUCAAAAAUCACUAAAAAUUAUUACUCACAAAGAAAAAAUCGCAAAAUAAUCACUCAUAAAUCACUAAGCUCUAACAUCACUUAAAAAUCAGUCAAAAAUUACUCACUACUAUCACCGCAUAUAACAAAAAAAAAAAAAAUACAAAAAAUCUUAGAAGAAGCACUCAUUUAGCAUAAAUCAACCCACACUAGUGUUUUAACGUUAACUGUUUUUACGAAAGGUAAGUAACGCACGCAUACGUGUAGUAAUGGCGCAAGAGAUACUGAAAGUAAAUAAAACCAAAGAACAAACGAGAAUCAUAAUGUUAACGUCAAAUAAAUAACAUACAAAACUACAUAAAUAUACAUGUGUAUGUGAAAUGUGUACAUUUAUGUCAAAGAUUUUACAAUUUUACAAUUACACUCGCAUACAAACAGACACAUUUACGAAUAUAUCCCGAAGCUUCAUACAUACAUAGUUACAAUUAAGAUUGACGAAUAAAAAAAAACCAAAAACGUAUUUAACAGUACAUAAAUAAGCAAACAACUAUACAACCCUGUGGCAAAUAGAUUAUGACUCUUACAAAUUAGUAUAACAUUUAAAAUAAUUUAAUAUUAAAUAUAAAUAAAUUAAACACAAAGAACAUAAAGCGUUAGUUGAAAAGAGACGGCAAUAAUUACCUACUAAACAGACAAAAACCUUGCAUUGGGAAAAAAAAUUCUAUCAAUAAUUGUACUCCUAUACAUACAUACAUACUUAUGCUAAACCUAAGAAUUUUCCCAACAAAAAAUAAACAACAAAAAAAGAAAAACUCAUAAAAUAUCUACUACUUUUAGUGCAACCAUCCUUUGAUAGUAAAACAUAUAUUGUGCAUAUAUACAUACAUAUGUAUGACGAAUUUGUGUGUGAAAAAAAUUUGAAAAAGUAAAUAAUAGUAAAUAACCGGAGCCAGUUGUUGAGUCGCGCUUGUUCCUUAAACUUAAGUAAAAAAAGUGUAAGUGAAUGAAAACAUAACCUAACAUAAGUCGGCGUAUGAAUAACGUUAGAUGUCUGUAAACGAAAGUUAACGUAACGUAAAAGUUAAAGGAAAACGUAAAACAGGAAUUAAGAAGAAACACAAAAUAAACGUAGCUACAUAUACA